AUGUGGUCCCAGAGGAACCAAAUCCCACCGAAAGUCAAUGUGGUCCCAGAGGAACUAACACGAAAAGUCAAUGUCAUCCAGAAGAACCAACCUCCCACGAAAAAGGAACCAACCUACCCGAAUGUCAAUGUGGUUUACAGAGGAACCAACAUCACUGAAGUUCUAUGUGGUCCCAGAGGAACCAACCUACACGAAAGUCAAUGUGGUUACAGAGGAACCAACCUCACUGAAGUUCUAUGUGGGUCCCAGAGAACCAACCACACGAAAGUCAAUGUGGUUACAGAGGAACUAACCUCACUGAAGUUCUAUGUGGUCCCAGAGGAACCAACCUCACACGAAAGUCAAUGUAAAGCUACAGAGGAACUAACCUCACUGAAGUUCUAUGUGGUCCCAGAGGAACCAACCUACACAAAAUUCUAUGUGGUCCCAGAGGAACCAACCUACACGAAAGUCAAUGUGGUUACAGAGGAACUAACCUCACUGAAGUUCUAUGUGGUCCCAGAGGAACCAACCUACACGAAAGUCAAUGUGUUUACAGAGGAACUAACCUCACUGAAGUUCUAUGUGGUCCCAGAGGAACCAACCUACACGAAAGUCAAUGUGGUUACAGAGGAACUAACCCUCACUGAAGUUCUAUGUGGUCCCAGAGGAACCAACCUCCCUGAAAGUCAAUGUGGUUACAGAGGAACUAACCUCACUGAAGUUCUAUGUGGUCCCAGAGGAACCAACCCACACGAAAGUCAAUGUGGCUACAGAGGAACCAACCUACUGAAGUUCUAUGUGGUCCCAGAGGAACCAACCUCACGAAGUUCAAUCCCAGAGGAACCAGCCUUAAGCAGGAGGAACUAA